CCGGGACGUUGUCACUGACGCUCCCCGGUCUCCGGGGCUGCGAACACGGAGCUGAGCGGGGCCCGGCCGGUCUAUUGAAAAACUUCUGCUACUGCUGUGUGAACUCAAUAUGGUCCCUUAAGAAGUCUGUUCACACUGAAGAUCACAAGGUGGUAUUACUGAAAUCUGUUUAGUGAAGGUUCUGGAAAUGGAAUGGGGAGGUGAAUAUUCUCUUGAUUCUUCCAACUUAGAUUGUUUGUUAAACAUUUUUCCUGGGGACGGGGAGUUUCAACAGAUCCUCAGUGACAUCGAUGAGAAAAUAAAGAAAAACUCUGCUAGUGUGGAACAAUGCCUUAAAGAGCUACAAUCAGAAGUAAAUGAGACUUGUACUGAUGAGCUGUUACAAAACACAACUGACUGCCUUCACUGGCUGAAUAACUGCAGUUUCAGUUCCCUCAAACCUUCUUCUACACCUCAUGGAGAUUUGAUCGAAUUUCUUAAAACUCUGCAAAGCUUGCUGAGGAAUGAACAAAAUCAAGAAGAAAUGAUACUACACUUUCUUCUGGAACUCUCCAGUCAAUGUGGGGUCUCAUUUCCAUGUACUCCAAGUGGGACAUCUUUUGAGUUAAAUUCCAGAGCUUCCCUUCAUGCCAUUGAGGAUGAUUCAUCUAUGAAUAUCAAGUCUGUUUGGGAUGAUGUGAGAUUACACCUUCGACGUUUCUUAGUAAAUAGACUUCAGAGUCCUCAUGAAACAAAUACUGCUACUUUAAAACAGCAAAUGCAGUUUAAAACUCAGUGCAUACAACACCUUUUGUUUCUAUAUCCAGAAUCAGAAGUUCUAACCAAGUAUCAAAACAUGCAGAAUAAAUUGGUUUCUGAGCUUUUGCAGAACUGUGUUCUAUCUAGCUGUGGCGAAACAAACUUUGAUAAGGUGGUUCAUGGUUACCAAAGUUCAAUACCUACACUAUGCACAAUGAUAAAAGAGGAUUUGUGUAUACUAAGUGGUACUAUAGAUCCUUCCUCAACACUGAUGUUUAUUAAUGAAACUUAUCUGGAUACCAUCACAGAAGAAAUAACAAUUCUUCUUGAAAGACUUUGUGAACUGCAGUUCAAAGAAAAUGCUCUACAUAUAAUUAAGACAAGCAAGAUUUCAAAGAAGCAUAGAGGAACAGUUCAUGCUUUGGCUACCCAAGAAUGCCUCAGAAAAGGAAGAAACUUCUGCUUAACUUUGUAUCAACUCAAAUGUCUUUCUCAGCUUAUAAAACUCUUUUUGUUUAUGGAAGAAAGAGUUGAAGAACUUUCUGCAGAAAUUCUGUUGUGGCCCUGUUUCACUGAGAAGAACAAAAAUGUUCAAGGAGUUCUGAAGAAAGCUAGUGGGGAGCUUUUAAUAGGGGAAACUAGAGCAAAUGAAACCAGUGUGCUUCCUGAACAGUUACUUCAGGUAAAAGAGACUACUUUAUUGGAUUUUAGCUGGAGGAAUGCAUUUAAAGACCUGUCUUCUUCUGUGGCACACUGUAUAACAAUAGCGAUUGAAGAUUUUUCAACUAAAAUUCUUCAGCUUGAGCAGAAAGAACAGUCUUCAGCUGCAGUCUAUACAAUGAGCCUAGUAAAUAUCCGGCAAAUGAGAGAGUCCUGGGAAACAGUCAACGAGGAGGAACAACCAAAACGAAUAGCAAAGUUUUGUUCUGACAUCAUGGAAGAACUUGACACAGUGCUUCCACUGGCUCUGGCAUGCAGAGAUGAUUCUCUUCAGGAAAUGAGAGCAAACUUUGUAGAGGUGUGCUGCAAAGUAGCAACAGCUGUCCUGGAAAGGUUGGAGGAGAGAAGCAAAGAAGUUCCCUCCAAGGCUCCACUGCAAAACUUGUAUGCUGUUCUCUCCACAGCAGUACAUGUCUUUCAGCAUUUUAUGAUGUAUGAUAGUUUAAUGAGAGAUACCAGCAAGAAGCCCCUGUUCCUAGUGCCUGUCCAGGGAUAUCAGGAAUUCAUCAAUGUUCUCCAGUUUCAAGUUACCAACUACUGCAUCAGAGUUUGUGCUACAAGUAUUUUACAGGAUGCUGAGAGCCACCACUGGGAUGACUACAAAGCUUUUUAUGAGGGAGAAAGAUGCUCAUUCUCUGUCCAGAUGUGGCAUUAUUUCUGCUGUGCUCUCCAUCAUGAUCUGUGGACUAUCCUACCCCCCAAGUUAGCCCAGGAGAUUCUAAAAGAAGUGCUGGAGAAAUCUUUGGCUGUGCUAGCCUGCAGAUAUUCUCAGGCCCAUCCCAGUUACAAGAGAACUCCACAGAUAAGAAUUGAUAUCACAGCGAUUUUAAUAUCUACUGAAAAUAUGCUGUGGUCAGCUUGCUGCUCAGUGCAGGAACUUUUGAAUCCACAUAAAGACAAAGACGCCAAGACCUAUAAAAUACACAACCACUGCAACAAUCUGCUCUCUGCACUUGCCAUUUUAACUGCACCUUUGAAGAAUCUGUAUGAGACAUUUCAGAAUGGUUUUGGUGAGCUACUUCCAUCAGAUUUCUCCAAACCAAAUAUCAGUCACCCAUUACACUGGCUAUCUUGCAUAACACCCAUUUUGUCCUCCUUACUUAUGACUCCAUCAACCGGAGAAAUGGCAGCCCAGGGUCAACUGAAACUGCUCUUAUCCCAACUAUGUAAUUGGAACUUGCUUUUGGAAACACUGCUACAUCAGGGUCUCUUAGUGAAAAUUUUAUUGAAAAGUUCAAAAAUUGAAGUAUCAAAAUGUGAUGAACAAAGUUCCUGCAUAAAACAGAUAAAUAACAAAGAGCCUACUUUGACUGAAGCAAUCUUUACAGUAUUAUCAUAUUGCACUUUAUCACCCAAAUCACUUGGUAGAGUUCUUGAGAGCUACAUGAAAAAAGAGCAACUAUGGGAUUGUUUAUACAAUAUAUCAGUUUCUAGUUGUGGUGAAUCAGAGCCAGAGGUUAUCAGAUGUUUGAAGCUGACUUGAUUAAUUCAGUCAAGGGGUAUAGUGAAGCAAAUAAUUUCUUUGAUGCAUUCGGGAGGCAAAGAGAACUAUGGAACCUAUCAACAUAAGCAAAUAGUUCCUGAAAGUUUGCUGAAGACAGUUCCAAAGGAAUGGAAUUAUACACCUAGAGAAAUGAAGAGAAAAGAAUCUGGGAAAUGCUUCACAAGGCUUGCAGCUCAGGCUGUAUCUAUUGUAAUCAGCAAGUUACCUACAGUGAUUGCAUGUUUGCCUCCCCCAAUUAAAUACUUCUUUUUUCUGUCUGAGAGAAAAAUGUCAAAAAACUUUGUUGAAUCGAAGAAAACUGGUCUGCUUGUCUGGAACUUGAUUGUAAUUAUAUGUCGGAUAUUUGAGGAUGGAAACACCGCAGAACUUUUAACAGGUGCAACGCUUGACAGAUGGAGCAAAGAGAAACUCACUUUAGUUCGUGUCUGUUUGGAAAGUAUUGUGGGAAAACAGAAAAGUAGUCCUAAACAAGUAACACAGAAGGUUAUACAGAGUAUAGAACAACAAAGACCAAACUGGAUUGAAAGCCAGUUGCUGAAAGCAAGAAAAUUGAGCACUGACUGUGCCUUUAUUUCAGUAGAAGAAGGUGCAGGGUUAGAGAAGGGAGGUAUUGCAUUUGAAUUGACUGAGCAGAAAAUAAACAUGAUGGUCCUGGAUAUCUGCCACAAACCAGGUGGCAGCGAGUACCUGAGGCAAAUUUAUCACAUCAUCCGGCUCAAUGAGGAAUACUUGAAAGAGCUGCUGUCUUGUGGGAAUUCUUCAGAAGAGAAUGUAAUGCCCAUUGAAUAUUUGCAUUUGACAUUGAGGAGCGCAGAAGAGCAGCCUGUUUUCAACCCUUUCCAGGUGCACCGCCAAUAUUGUGCAAAUAUGUUUGAUCAGUCAGCCAUUACUGAAUGGAACUGGGAUUGGUCAAUCUUGCUGCCAAGUUAUCUGGGGCUGAAUCAGAUGACCUUCAGGGCACUGCUGGCACACAGGUAA